UCAUGGCAACAAAAUACAAAAUUCAGUUUAAUUUUCAUUUGUCAAGGACUGUCACGAAUAAUGAACAACCUAAAAUUCUUGUGAAAAAAAUGCAGAACAACUUGAGAUAUGCCAUCUUCUGUAACAAACUUACCUAAACAACCCCCCGUUCCUCCAGCAGCGGUCACAACACCAACAGAACCGAUUAAAGAUAAAAAACCGACAGUUCUUGAAUGCCAUGGCUAUUACCUUGGAAAAACUAUAGGAACAGGUUCUUACGCCACUGUUCGGGUAGCUCAUAGCACCAAACACGAAGGUGAUGUAGCAAUAAAAAUAGUUAGUAAAUUCUCAGCUCCAGCAGAUUACCUGAAAAAAUUUCUACCAAGGGAAAUAGAAGUUGUAAAAGGCUUGCGUCAUCCAAACUUGAUAAGAUUUUUACAAGCGAUUGAAACUACGCAUAGAGUUUACAUAAUAAUGGAAUAUGCGGAAAAUGGCAGCUUACUCGAUGUAAUCAGGAGGGACAGUUCCAUAGAUGAAUACAGGGCGAGAAAGUGGUUCCGCCAGUUGGUAGAGGCCGUUGACUAUUGCCACGAAAGAGGUGUCGUCCACAGAGACAUAAAAUGCGAGAACAUGCUGAUGGACGGCGAUUAUAACAUAAAAUUGUCCGACUUUGGGUUCGCCCGUGGCCAUCUCAAGCCCAGGAACGGUCAAAUGCCCCUCAGCGAUACGUUUUGCGGCAGUUACGCCUACGCCUCUCCGGAAAUCCUGAGGGGUAUACCCUACCAGCCUCAACAGGCGGACAUAUGGUCCAUGGGCGUGGUACUGUUUGCCAUGGUUUUUGGAAGGCUUCCAUUCGACGAUUCCAACUAUAGGGAGCUGAUUAAGCAAGUCAGCAACAAGGUAGUGUUCCCCAAGGAGCCGAGAGUUUCCCCCAUAUGCAAGACCCUGAUCAACAAGAUAUUAUCGCCCGCAAAGUCGAGGGUCAGAAUUUCCGGCAUAAGGAACGAUCAGUGGUUCAGUCAUGUGCAAGCUACAACGACGGCGCAAAAUGACAAUAUAACUGAAGAAACUGCUGGUAAUCAGAACGAACAACCCGCGGCUCUGAUAGGUAAAGAUCAAAUUCCGAGAAUAGCAAAUAGGAAUCCCAGACCGGACGAUUCCGAUUCUAUACUGAAAAAUGCUGCAAAGAAUACAAAUGAACAACAAAGCUGAGCAAAAGACCAGGAUACUUAUAGAUUAUUGAAAUUGUAAUGUUGAUGGCCACUGCAUGAUAUUAAACGGCAUACAAACCUG